CCAUUGGGUCGGAAUGUCCGUUGUAGACACAUAAAAAACAAACCGCUGUCACGUGUGCUUAAAGUUCAACUUUUAUAAAAAAAAAAAAAUAAUAUCAUACACCGAUAAUAAUAAUAUAUUUUUUAUUUGCGUAACGCGUAAUUCCAAUAAUUGAAAAUGAAAUAAUUUUAAUUUGUUUUUUUUUAUAAUAAUAUCAGUGGAGUUGAUUUACUCAUAAUUUUACAUAUUAUAAACCGACGUUGUCGUCUGUUGUUAUAUUUAAUCGCUCUGGAAAGAUUUUAUUGGUAAUUCCCGAGAAAUAAAAUGAUUAAACAAAAAAGUUGGAUUAUAUUCCUCGAUUUUAUGCUACUACUCUUGGUUUUGAUAGCCAUGUGUUUAGUGGAAUCGGGAAAGAUACCGCAUUUACAAAGCAUAGGAUUCUUUUGCGGUGAUCCCAAAAUCAGUUAUAAAUAUAGAGGUGAUACGGUUAAGCCACAUGUUCUCAUAUUAGUAACGCUUGUCAUUCCUUUUUUGACAGUGGUAAUUGCAGAAUAUUACAUGAGAGAUCAAAGGAAAUUCGACUCCGGCCCGUACGAAUGGCUUAAAGAAUCGUUACGGUGGUACCGCCAAUACAUAUUGGGAUUGAUAUUCGUUUUCUUUAUAACUGACGUGGGUAAAGUUUUGAUUGGCGAGCCAAGACCACAUUUCUUGGAUACUUGCAGGCCUCUAGAAGCUGUUAACUGCACCAAUAGUUAUGUCGACCAUUAUGAAUGCUCAAACAAGGUGGAAAGCAUGUACAUUGUAAGAGAUGCCAGCAAAUCUUUCCCGUCUGGUCACGCGUCUAUAUCAGUAUACGGAUCAAUUUCUUUAGCCUGGUAUUUGCAAAAUAAAUACAAAACCGGAUCGCUGUUGUUGGUGCCAGUACUCCAAGCUGUAUGCAUGCUUUGGGCCAUUUUUUGCUCGCUGACACGCAUUACCGAUCAUAGGCAUCAUUGGUGGGAUGUACUUGCUGGCUCUAUUAUCGGUAUCUCAAUAACCAUGUACAUUAACGGGUUAUUCAAUAGACGAACAAAUAAUGUUAGGUCUCCAACUGAGACUUCGUGGUCUAACGAGACAACUGCAGACAACGGAUUCCUAACAGGAAGAUUGAUAAAUGUCGUAACUGAUGGUAAAAAACCGUCGUUAAACUUGUAAACUGGUAGAAAUGUAAAAUAGGCGUUACACAUACAAUAUUAUUAUUAUGCAUAACAUCAUGAUUUAUGUUGUAUAAAAAUAUAUCAUUUUUAUGGUCCAAACCAAACCAGUCACAAAAUAUGUAGAUUUUUUAUUCGGUAUUUUCAUUGCGAAUCUUCUUUUUUCAAGUAGAUUAUACCUAACCGUCUUGGUGACGAAUAGCUAGUAAUAAACAAUAUUUCGUGUAAAAUACUCACUGUACGCGCACUUUAGUUUUAGGUACACCUAACGUUUUGUAAAAUAUAGUCGCCAAUCAAUGUUAUCUCACUGUAAAUUUAUAUCGGAAACCUAUUAUUGUUAUUAAUUUUAAUUUUAUACCAUUUAUACUUAAACAUAUUUUAAGACGUUAGACAUUAGAAUAUAUUAUUAUUAUUUUCAUCACCACUAUUCACUGCAGGGUGUUGUGUUAAUUAUGUUGCCUACGCUAAACAUAAACGGCGUGUCACGUCGUCGGCAACUGUUUAUAAAACGUAAAACCCAUGUAUAAUUAAUGUUUUGUAUUAUUUUGUUUUCUUAGAUGUAUGGUAAACUAAUUAUAAAUUAUUAUUAGCAUUUUAGAUUUGUUCAAUUUUAUUCAUUUUUUAAAGUUGUUUUUACUGUUGCAAAUGUAUUAAUUAAAAGAUCGUCGAGUAUUUUUAUUUUAUACUAUUGUCUAUUAUUAGUAAUAAAUUGUUAUUGUGUGCUCCCAAUUA